AUGGAGCUGGACCGCAUGACCAGCGGCGGCCUCCACGCCUACCCCGGGCCGCGGGGCGGGCCGGCCGCCAAGCCCAACGUGAUCCUGCAGAUCGGUAAGUGCCGGGCCGAGAUGCUGGAGCACGUGCGCCGGACGCACCGGCACCUGCUGGCCGAGGUGUCCAAGCAGGUGGAGCGCGAGCUGAAGGGGCUGCACCGGUCCGUGGGCAAGCUGGAGAGCAACCUGGACGGCUACGUGCCCACGGGCGACUCGCAGCGCUGGAAGAAGUCCAUCAAAGCCUGCCUGUGCCGCUGCCAGGAGACCAUCGCCAACCUGGAGCGCUGGGUGAAGCGCGAGAUGCACGUGUGGCGCGAGGUCUUCUACCGCCUGGAGCGCUGGGCCGACCGCCUCGAGUCCAUGGGCGGCAAGUACCCCGUGGGCGGCGAGCCCGUCCGCCACACCGUCUCCGUGGGCGUCGGGGGUCCCGAGGGCUACUGCCACGAGGCCGACGGCUACGACUACACCGUCAGCCCCUACGCCAUCACCCCGCCGCCCGCCGCCGCCGGGGAGCUGCCGGGGCAGGAGCCCGCCGAGGCCCAGCAGUACCCGCCCUGGGGGCCCGGGGAGGACGGGCAGCCCGGCCCCGGGGUGGACACGCAGAUCUUCGAGGACCCGCGGGAGUUCCUGAGCCACCUGGAGGAGUACCUGCGGCAGGUGGGCGGCUCCGAGGAGUACUGGCUGUCCCAGAUCCAGAACCACAUGAACGGGCCGGCCAAGAAGUGGUGGGAGUUCAAGCAGGGCUCGGUGAAGAACUGGGUGGAGUUCAAGAAGGAGUUCCUGCAGUACAGCGAGGGCACGCUGUCCCGGGAGGCCAUCCAGCGCGAGCUGGACCUGCCGCAGAAGCAGGGGGAGCCCCUGGACCAGUUCCUGUGGCGCAAGCGUGACCUGUACCAGACCCUGUACGUGGACGCCGACGAGGAGGAGAUCAUCCAGUACGUGGUGGGCACCCUGCAGCCCAAGCUCAAGCGCUUCCUGCGGCACCCGCUGCCCAAGACGCUGGAGCAGCUCAUCCAGAGGGGCAUGGAGGUGCAGGACGGCCUGGAGCAGCAGGUGGCCGAGCCGGCGGGGCCCCCCCUGCCCGCCGAGGAGGAGGCCGAGACCCUCACCCCCGCCCUCACCAGCGAGUCCAUGGCCAGCGACCGGACGCAGACGGAAUAGAGCCCGGCCCCGGGCCCCCCAGCCUGCCUGCCUGCCUGCCACACCUCUCCUGUGGCUUUGCCACCCAGGACUUGAGCUGGGGCUGACCCCCCUGGGGGGAUGCUGGCCAGCUGGGCACCCCCACGCCCCCUGGCCUGACUCGCAGACACAAGCAACCAAACAGCGGAGGAGCUCCUGUCCUGCAAGGCUCCCUCCUGCCCCCCUCCCCGUCUGUCUCCCCUGGCCCCACCUGGCCGGUGGUCCCAUCGCCACACUCAGGCCACUGCAGAAGACCCCCAGCUUCCUCCCUGUCCUCUGGGCACUCAGGAUCGCAAGUGUCCGGAGGGCAGGGGCCAGUGGGCUCCAAGCUCAUGGGCACCCCAAGGCAGAAGUCCCGACGAAACCAGAGCCGGGCGGGCCCCACUUCCAGGCCCCCUGUGCCGGGCAGAUGCAGCAGAGCCGGCUGCCGCCUUGCGCCUCCCGGGCCGGCUGGCCGGCCUCACGCAGCACAGCAGCGCCCCGGGCCAGCGGGAGCCACGGCCCCGGCGGCCUCGGCAGGAGACCGGAUGUCCCCGCAGCUCCUGGCCCUCGGCGUGAUUCACAGCGGUGUGGAGAAGCAGUCGGCCGCGUGACUCAGCCACCGUGGCAGAGGGUCCCCGAGGGGCUGAGUCCCCGAGUCUGGCUGAGGCCGAAGCCCGCACCUUCGGAGCCAGGAGAGUGACACCAGGUCUCCAGGCUCCCGAGCCUCCGCCGCUGUGCCUGCCGCCGUCCCGUCCCCUCUCCUCUCUCCACGCGGAGAGAGCACGUGUGGCCGCGGAGACCCCACGACCUGGCAGAGGGCAGCGCCCAGCUCAGCCCGGGAGCUGGCCGCGGACGGGCCAGCGCGAGGGCCCCGGCUUUGGCCGCGCCGGCCCCGCUGGCCCCCCCCCCCGGCGCUCGCCCCCAGAGCCACGGCAGCUGGAGCGGGGUUCCCAGGCUGGCCCUCCUACCCGGAACCCCUGCUCGCUCAGUGGCCCCCACUUCCUGCCAGAAUCCUCCAGGAGCCCCAGACGCCGGCACAGCCGCUGCCCCUUCCCGGGGGCCCCAGCCAGCCCCAGGAGGCCCCCAGGGUCGGCUCCUGGCCUGUCCCAG